CAGACACCAGCCAGCUCCAACCAGCCCUUGUUGACUUAGUGGGUGGCUCUAAGGUGGGAGAAGAGGAGGAGAGGAGAACACACCACCAGAACACUGGUUCCCAUUGGUCCCUGUCAUGAAUGAAAGAGGCUCAACAAGACAGUACCAACAACUUCAGUCUGAGGAUCUCAGGAUUCUGUAGCAUCCCUGCUCUGAGGCACGCAAGCAUGAGAUUCCUGGCUCUGCUCUUCCUGGCAGCUCUGGUGUGGGCUCUCGUCUGUGCCGGUGACCCAGACACUGCCUCGACCCCAGGAUCGGUGAAUGAACCCCACAAGACAUUAGUUGCCAAAAAGGAAAAUGCGGAAAACCCAGGCUUAACCAGUAAGACACCAAAGCCAUCAAGGAACCGGAGAUCCGGCCCUCUGGAAACCAUCCUAGAAAAAGGCCAAGAGGGACUGGAAAUGAUUAAGGAGAUCAAAGACUCAGUAAUGCAAAAAAUUGAAGCUCUAAAACGCAAGGGUGAAGGCAUCAGGAGUGCACUAGCCAGGGAAAGCUAA